AUGACGCCGCCGCCCCGUGCCGCCGUCCCGCACCGCUGCCGUCCCGCCGGAGCCGCGCUGCUGCCGCCCCGCGACACCGCCGCCGCUGCCGACCUCACCGGAGAUGUGCUCGACCUUGCCGACUCCGGCCGCUGCUCGCUCCCCUGUCGCCUAGCACCCGCGCUCGUCGGGAUUGCCCUCCCGCACGCGCCCUCCUCGACCGAGCCUUGUCCCCGCAUCGUCGCAUGCUCGCCGCUCCCUGACCGAGCGCUCGGCAACGCCUCCCCGCUGCCCGCUGCUGCUACCUCCCUGGCGGAGGCCCUGGCCUGCUUCCUCCCCGCGCGCGGAUGCUCGCGUUCGCCGCCCAUGUUUGCCACGCUCCGGCUCCCUCCGCCUCCCAGCGGCGCCGCUCCACCGCACCCGCCGCUAGCCGCCCGCGCCCCCUUCUGCUGCCCCUGCGGCUGCACCUGCGCUGCCGCGCCGCCUCCUCUUCUCGCCGCGGCUGGGGCAGCUUCUGCUGGCCCGUGCGCCGCUGGUGGCGCCCUGCUGCUGUCCCGCCGGCGUCCACCUCUGGCGACCGCCCGGCCUUGCCAGCCUCGUUCGCCGCGGCGCCCCUGGGCGUGCGCCCGAUCGGGCCGCGCCCGAAACCCGUCGCCCGCACCCGCUAUGGCCCCUGGGCCAAUGACAUGUGGGGCCUAG